AACUAGUAGACCUGUCUCUUUGUGUGUGUGUUGUAUACGUGGGGGCUCCAUCUGCGAGAGCGAGAGAGAGCCCGUAUGGCCGAUCACACAACUACAGGGCCAGCCUCAUUGCCGUUGGCAUCAUCAGUUGCAUCAGCGUCAUCCGUCCAGCAUAUCGUCUACUAUAGAUAUAAGCAGCGCUAGAGCAUUCCAGUGCGACGCAGUGAGAAUUAUGGUUUGGACACAGCACCCAUGUUUGGAUAUAUCCUGAUGAUGAACGUUUGGGCGGUGGAAAAGAAUGAAGCGACAAAACGUUCGCACCUUGGUUCUUCUGGUGUCGACAUUUUUAUAUCUCCUCGCCGGUGCGGCCGUUUUCGACGUUCUCGAGUCGGAACAUGAAGCGAAGGACAAGAUAUCUUUGAGCGGUGUGAUCGACGACAUACAGAAACGCUACAACAUCAGCUCGGAUGAAAUGGCCGCGUUGCAGGAGACUAUCAUCAAAUAUGUGCCGCACAAAGCGGGUGUACAAUGGAAAUUUACAGGUUCUUUCUUUUUUUGCAUGACGGUGAUAACGACAAUAGGAUACGGUCACUCCUACCCUCUCACGGAUGGAGGAAAAGUCUUCUGUAUUAUUUAUGCCUUAGUCGGGAUCCCAUUGAACCUCGUCAUGUUUCAGAGUGUCGGCGAGCGUCUGAAUAUAUUCAUGGGAUUCUGCGUGAAAAACUUCAAGCGUUGUGUACGCUUCAAGAAGGCCGAGGUAUCGCACACGGAGCUUGUGAUGCUGGGUGGUCUGUGCACGCUGUUGAUUACGGCAGGAGGCUCUCUUGCGUUCGUCAAAUUUGAAGAGUGGACACUGCUCGAUUCUUUCUACUAUGUGUCUAUAACGUUAACAACAGUUGGGUUCGGGGAUUUUGUAGCCUUGCAGCAAAAUAAUAUGCUACAGGAGCAACCCGAGUAUGCAGCCUUUGCGAUUAUAUAUAUCUUAACGGCCUUAGUGGUGGUUGCCUCCGUUAUGAACCUCCUUGUGUUGCGUCUACUAACCCUCAACACUGAGGACGAGAGGCGCGAGGCUCAGCAGCAGGAGAUGACGUCACGCAGCAGUGGCUUGGACCUCAACCACAUCGACGGCCACCUACCCUAUCACCAUUUGCACGCAGGGGGCGCCCUACUCGGCACCAAAACGGACCCGCGGCUGUGUUGUAACGACUGCAAACAUCCACACAGAACUCACCAAGAUCCGUUUGGGAUCGGGGCUAAUGCAAUACACCUCCAGCGGAUGGAGACAACUCUAUACCACGCCACCUACUCGGACGAUGACACCUUUGAAAAUUUUAUGGCGAGUGAAAGGGCCACGAAAAGGAAGUCCAUAUAACGUGUACAAAUUAUUAAGGUGGAAUUUUUGAAUCUGGUUAGAAUGAUUAAAUCUCUCCAAGGAUAUCCUUGCGACCCUCUGACCCCAAAAGGGAUGCCGUUCAAGGAUCCAUCGGCCUAUCAAUGUAUGGUGUCUGAAGUAAACUCUGCGCAAAUAUCUCUAAGUCUAACGUGUAGAAUUUUUGGAGAGGGGUGAUUGAGUUCUAAUUUCGCCAUAAGAAAGUACGAUCCUCUGACCCCCAAAGGGAUGACCCCAAACGGGAUGCAGUUCAAGGAUCCAUCAGCCUGUCAAAGGAUGGUGCCUGAAGUAAUCUAUGCGCAAAACUCCAUCUGUUAAUAGUCUGACGCCACAAAUUUACUGUAGAAUAGUGUGUGCUGCAAUGAGUCUGGGAACUAUACCGAAUGCGCCAGACUUAUGUUUUCCCUCAGUGCGGUCUAGUUGGCGAAAGACAUAAGGUACAGGAGUGAUACAAAAGGACCAAACGAGAUAUUUCAUAUUGGUUAAACUCUACUGCUUUUUUUCAAUUUAGGUGUAUAUCACGAUUACAUAAAGAUGUGCUGUAGGUUGUUUCAAAUUAAAGCUCAUGCUCAAAUGGUAUCAACGACUGACCAGCUUCAGUUACGGGAUAUAAAAUAAGCCACCUUCUAAAAACAUUGAUACAGGAUGACUUGCGGAUAGAUUACAUAAAGAUGUGCUGUAGGUUGUUUCAAAUUAAAGCUCAUGCUCAAAUGGUAUCAACGACAGACCAACUUCAGUUACGGGAUAUAAAAUAAGCCACCUUCUAAAAACAUUGAUACAGGAUGACUUGCGGAUAGACUUCUCCGCAGUUGAUUUUCCAACCAACAAGAUAUCCUGGGAAAAAUCCAAUAUAUUGCGGAUACGUUUGCGGGGAAAGUCAGGCAAUUUAUUUGACAAGAUGACCACACAGACUAAAAUGUUCCCAUCUAUUGAUAACCUCUUAGUGGUCGAGGCUAUGCUUUCAUUCACAUCCCAGUAUCAAUACUAAAGUGCUAAGACUGGUACUGAGUAAUAAGACUAAAGUGCUAAGACUAGUACCGUGGACUAAGACUUAAUUGUCAUUGAGCAAAAUUCAUUUUCCAUAACAUUACCAAGGGCUAUGAGACAUUUAAUAUCGGCUGGCCAAACAGCUGACUGCUCAGUUUCGAGUCUGUCAACAAGCUUGCGGAUAAAAUGAGCUUCGCAUCGGGCAAAAACCAACAUCCAUCCGCAACUUAUCCCCAAUGACUUAUCCUUUGUGGACAAACUUUCCCGUAACUUAUCCUGGAAUAGUUUUGAGAGAGUUCUUUAUUUCACACAACUCGUAGCCACUAAGCCAGUAAACAUGUAAAUACAAGGGCUUCAUACACUGGACAUCACGGUAGACAUGGCAAGGUUCUUCUGUCAAUUUGCUUUCAUGGUGUCAUAAGUGCUACUAUGCCUUGUUAUGUCAAAAAGCCAAAAUUAAACAAUAAAGGUACGUCUUUUGGACCUAUCUAGAUUUUGGUUUAAAAGCUGCCUCACGAGAAGUCUGAACAAUGUACCAUGAACAACUUGGGGCAAUCGCAGCUAUGCCUUUGUAAUGUUAAACAGCCAGUUUGCUUUUUUUAAUAGCUAUAGAUUUCCUAUUGUUCAUUGAUCUUAUGAUACCAACUGUUGAUUCUGUACAAAUUUUUAUUGGAAAAAAGUUACCAUUCUACAACGGUUAGGUUAUUAGUUAAUAUGAAUUGUUACGUAACAUCUGAUGAUGUGGAGGCUAGCAAAACAACCGAGGUAAAAAAAAGUAGUGUAUGUAGUAAUUAUUUGUUGAAGUUAUGUAUCUUUUUAAUCAUUGGUUUAGAUUAUAAAAGUAUUUUUAACAGGGGGUGAAAUGAUUUGACACGUGUAAGUAAUAGUUUAAAAGAAAUUGGUACAACAUUGGUAACCCGUGCCUACAAUAAUGAGCGUGUAGUUGGUGGUUGCAGAAGUCUCCUUGGAGCUAUGUUCAGUUUGAUAGUCGCUUCUUUAGGGAGGAAGGAGGGCUGAACGCAAAGUAAUUGUCAAUUUCCUUACUGAAUGAUAACUCGCGGGCCGGAAUAAUCGACCUGUUUUAGCAUCACAUGGGGCCACAUCCAUGCUGUUUUUGUUCUGAAUUUCUCGACCGGUUAUAUAGAAUGAUAAAAAGAGCAAUCGAAAAGACUCCAACUACCUGUCUAU